UAAGCUGCCAUCUGUGAAGCCUGGCAGUGAGCCUUGCUUGAUUCUCUUACAUCUACAGGUCAUCAACAAACAUGGGCAGGAUGCUUUUUCUUCUCACUCCUCUCUUAGGAGUUGUUUUCUGUAGUCAUGGUAAGCUGUCUGGACCAGAGUUAGUGGUAAGAGUCAGCCCGGGCGAUAACAUCACUCUUCACUGCGACUGCCAAAGAUCAAGCGGCAAAUUCAUAGCUUGGUUUAGGAACUGUUCUCAUGAGAACCAGCCUUCACUCAUUCUAAGGACAAACUACAAAUAUGACCCAUCAUACCUUGAGGACAAAGUAAAUAUUCUCAAUCCAUUCCCUCGUUUGCAUUUAGUGGAAAACCAGUCUUCUGACUCCUAUGACCUGUUGAUCAUGAACACUACUGAUUCUGAUGAAGGUCUCUACUACUGUGGAACUGAACAGAAGGAGGUUGACACAACAUUUUCUCAGAAAUAUAUUUACAAAUACGGCAACAUCACAACCAGGAUUCUGCUGAACUCCACUGAUUCCAGCCCUUGCCCUGGUUCCACUGGUUCCAGUGUUGUGUUUUGGAUGAUGGUGUUUACUCCCACAUUCUCUAUUUUGGCUUCCUUUGUCUCCUUUAUUUUGGUUUAUCAACUCUGUCAGAAAACAGGAAAAGGUCAUCAACAGAAAAGGCCAGAUAACAGACGUCAAAGAAGACAGAAUCGGGAUGAAGACUUGUAUUUAGCACAAGCUGUGUACUGGGUUCAGCGGGGACGUAUGCAUCAGACUGAUUCUAGAUGGAGAGAGCCUGUACACUUUGUUUCAAAAGAAUACAUGUAAUUUUCUUUCAGAAACCAUGAGAGCUUGUGCUGAUACAUUUUAUAUACAUGAAGUUAUUUUGGAUACACAGUAGUCCAUGUCAAAGUCAAAAUUGAUAAAUUUAAAAACACAAUUAGGUACAACUUAAAUACUAACAACCACAUGAGUUGUCUAUCAUCAUCAUUAUUAAGUUGUUUAUGACUUUUAUUUAAUUUAUUAAAUACAAUGUUUAAUAUAUGAACAAACAUUUUUAAUUGUUGAUUUAAAACCUUACAAUGUACACCAACUGUACAUUUAAUAAAAAUUGAUUAUGAUAUAUCAGUGAUGAUCUUGAAAAGCUCAUUCAUGCUUUUGUGACCUCUAGAUUGGAUUACUGUAAUUCUCUCUACUUUGGUCUUCACUCUGCUCUCCUUCAUAGACUUCAGCUUGCCCAAAAUGCUGCGGCUCGCCUUCUGACUGGUACUAGAAAGCAUGCCUCUAUCACCCCCAUUCUUGCUGAUUUGCACUGGUUACCCAUCAAAUAUCGUAUCGAAUUUAAAAUAUUGUUGCUCACCUUUAAAAUUAUAAAUAAUUUAGCCCUUAGCUAUCUUGCCGAUUUCUUUAGUCCAUAUGUCCCUGGGCGAGCCCUCAGGUCUUCAGCCCAAUUAUUCUUAGUUCAGCCUAGAUCUAGACUUAAAUCUAGGGGCGACUGUACUUUUGCCGUGGUUGCACCUAACCUGUGGAACAAUCUUCCCAUCGCUGUCUGUUUGUCAGACUCCAUUCUAUCUUUUAAAUCUCAUUUAAAAACUCACUUAUUUAACCUAGCUUUUCCGUCUAGUUAGUGUCCCUAUUUUAUAUUGGGCUCCAUUUUUAUCUAUGUACUUUAUCUUUUAGUUAUAUCUGUUCUUAGUAAGUUUGUUCUUAUAUUCCUUUUUAUUCCUGUAUAAUUAGUGCCUUCAACCUGCUGACUUUGUGGUACUUUGUUAAUGGUCUUUUAUUUAAUCAUGUCUUAAUUUCCCUGUUUCUAUUGUAAAGUACUUUGGUAUACCGCUGGUGUGCUAUAUAAAUAAAGUUGUAUUGUAUUGUAUUGUAUGUUAUUGUCAUGUGUAGCUAUGUAAUAACUUCAGGCAAUGUAAUACUUUUUUUCUGUGAAUUCUGAUACUAAUUAUAGAAAAUUAAAAUGAGGUG